AUGGCCGAUGGGAAUGCGGACAGAAGAAUAAAAUUAGAAAUAUGCAUCGAUAACCUCGAAUCGGCUGAAAAUGCUGUAGCAGGUGGAGCAGAUAGACUAGAAGUGUGCUCUUCUCUGCCACUCGGAGGGCUCACGCCUUCUGUAGGAUUCGUUUCAAUGCUUCGUUACAAGUAUCCAGACAUUCCUCUUUACUGCAUGAUUCGUCAGCGUCCCGGUAAUUUUGUUUACACUGAAGACGAAAUGACGGCAAAUGUGGAGGAUGUGGAGUGGUUGAAAAAAGCGGGAGCCGCUGGAUUCGUCUUUGGUGCUUUGACAACAGUCGGAACACUGGAUAGAGAUGCCUGUGAGGCCAUUAUCGAAACUGCUCGUCCGCAUCCUGUCACAUUCCAUCGCGCUAUAGAUGUCGCUUAUGAUUGGAGAAGCUGCCUAGAGGAAGCCAUAGAAAUUGGAUUCAAAGCAGUUCUAACAAGUGGCCAAGAACCGUCCGCACUGGACGGUGUGCAUAUUAUCCGCGAAAUGCAAGAGUUGUACAAGAACAAAAUUGAUAUUAUCGCUGGAUGUGGAGUCAACAGUUCCAAUGUUGCAAAUUUGGUGGAGUGGACCAAAUGUCAUUGGUAUCAUGCAUCCGCUUCAGUUGUGAAAAAGAACGUGCCAGUUAAUAAAGUUUCAAUGGGAAAACAAGACAACCAACCGAUGCGUGUGACAUCAUUAGACGAGGUCAAGAUGCUGAAAACGACGAUGGGUCCUGCCUAA